AUGGGGAUUGUACUGGGAACUAAGAUCCCUGAAGAGGAGUCUACUACCAGCACUGGGGGCCUUGUCUUCCACAAGGACUGGGUCUGGCCAGCAGGGAGCCUCCUGGACCCCUUGUGUCUGGUGACCCUGAGCAAGGCCAACAAGAGCAAAGACCCUCUACAGGUGGUGGGGUCUCUGAGCACCUAUGAACAGACCUUUUUAGAGGCUGUGCAGGUGGCCCGAUGGGGAGCCCUAGACUUGGCCACCUUUGGGGUCUGUAGCUCCAGUGACUCGCAAGCUACUCUGCCUGUCCUACAGCACCUGGGGUCCUGGCUGGGGGACCCUAGAGGGCAGCGAUUGCUGAUCCUGCACCUGGCUGAAGUGACCUGGGAGCCCACGUUGUCACUGAGAUUCCAGGAGCCCCCACUUGGAGAAGCUAGCCCCAUGGAGCAAGCACUGCUGGUGCUGUAUCCUGGGCCUGGUCCCGAGGUCACUGUCACUGGGACCGGGCUGCAGGGCAUUCAGAGCUUCUGCCCCACCCAAGACACACGCUAUCUGGUAUUGGCUGUGAACCACCCGGCAGGGGCCUGGCAUGGCCCUGGGCUCACCCUGAGCCUUCGAACUCGUGGAGACGAUGUCUCCCUGAGCACUGCCCAGCUGCAGACCCUGCUGUUUGGCUCCGACGUCCGCUGUUUCACAAGGAUGACCCCAGCCCUGCUCUUGAUGUCUGGGCCUGCCCUGCUGCCCGCGCACCGCCAGCUGGACAUCAUGCCCUUUCCACAGCCCAGGCUUUUCUCCCAGUCAGAGGAACUGCCGCUCAGCAGCGACCCCUUCCUGGAGACGCUCACGCGCCUGGUGCGCGCACUGCGGGGAUCCUCGGCCCAGGCCUGGCCACCCCGCCUGGCUCUGGACCCAGCAGUGUUAGCCAGCUUCCCGCAGGGCUUGGUCAACCUAUCGGACCCCGCAGCGCUGGAACGCCUGCUCAACAGGGAGGAACCGCUGCUGGUGCUGCUCCCCCAAGCUGCAGCCACUACCGGGGAUCCUGAGCCGCUUCGUGGCCCCACAUCGGCGCCCUGGACCUCAGGUCUGGCACGCCGGGUGGCUGUAGAGCUACAGGCGGCAGCCGCUGAGCUGCGGGGCCUCCCUGGGCUGCCUCCAGCUGCACCUCCACUGCUGGCGCGCUUGCUCACGCUGUGCCCGGGUGAUCCUGGCCAAUCCCGCGACCCCGACAGCCCCGGGGACCCCCUGCGUGCGUUGUUACUGUUGAAGGCACUGCAGGGCUUGCGCACGGAGUGGCGCAGGCGCGACCAGCGCAGGGCGGGGCGAGCGCAGCGGAGCGCUGGAGCCCCAGCCAGGGGUGUCAGCGAGGGGCCCUGCUCCUUGCGGGAACUGAGUGUGGACCUCCGAGCGGAGCGCUCCGUGCUCAUCCCGGAAACCUAUCAGGCCAACAACUGCCAGGGUACGUGCGGCUGGCCGCAGUCCGACCGAAAUCCGCACUAUGGAAACCACGUAGUGCUGCUGUUGAAGAUGCAGGCCCGCGGGGCUUCCUUGGCACGCCCGCCCUGCUGCGUGCCCACUGCCUAUGCGGGCAAGCUCCUCAUCAGCCUGUCCGAGGAGCGCAUCAGUGCGCACCAUGUGCCCAACAUGGUGGCCACUGAGUGUGGCUGCCGGUGA